AUGCGGCAGCGCGUUCGACCUUGGAGCUGGCGGACGCCGCCAAGCACCACCAUCUUUCUCUUCAAGGCACAGCUGUCCAUGCUGCGGAGCUACUUGCUGGACGCCGAGCUCCUGCUGGGCAUCGGGCCCGUGCUGGAGAUCGGGACCGUGUUGGAGUUGGGGACCCUUCUGGGCUUCGAGACCGUGCUGGACGUCGGGACCCUGCGGGAGAUCGUGAUCGUCCUGGGCAAUUGGACCAUCAUGCUGCUCCUCGCCCUCGCUGGGCUGAUGCACCUCUUGACAGCGACGAUGCCGAUGGAGAGCGCGCCCGAACCCCGCCUCGAGCGGGUGGCCAGGACAGUGUCCCUCCACGAGAGGAAGACCAUGCAGUCGACGCUCCUGCAGGUGAUCUUCGUGCGGCUCACGUACACGAUGAAUGAGCUCAUCUGCAUGAUGGCCACAUUGCUCGCCGCACACAACGUGACCACCGCCUACUCCAACACCGACUUCCUCACUGCCUACACCAACGACCUGGUGCACCUGGACAAUGGCUCUUUCCUGAACGCGCUCGGCUCCCUGCUGGCGUUCCUGGCUGUGGUGCUGCCGUUCCGCAUACCGCUGAUGUUCGGCCUGACGGGUUCGCGGAACCUCCUGGACCUCAAGAUGCUCAACACUCUCUUCGUGAGAUUAUUCCCGCUAAUGGUUCUGCUGGUGGCGCCCCUCUCCCUGCUCUUGGUGACGUUGCCGACCUCCCUGGCUCAGGCUCUGCGGGUGGCUAUGCUGCUCCUCCUGCUGCAUGCGCUGUGCCUCCGGAAGCUCGUGUCGAUCCUGGCCCUCACAUCCGGCGUGCUGAGCAUAGUGCUCCUCUGGUUCCUGACCCCGCUGACCCUCAACAAAAUCAUUUGGGUGAUGCGCCUGCCACUGCGGAUGGUGGUCGUCUGGUUGCUGCUCGCGCUCCUCACGGCGGUUGCGCUGCUGCUGUUGCCCCUGCCCUUCCUCAUUGGCACCGUGCUCGUGCCACGCGCGACUUCUACUGCCUGA